AUGAAGUUGUCCUUACAGCAAUUGACUGCAGCAUUGUCAAUCCUGUCUCGAGCAUUGACGGUUGCGACUGGUGUCGACCACGUCCGGAAUACAAGCGAUGCCGGUAAUGACGUCGUGGAGAUCAGGGACGCCAGGUGGCACUGGGAAAAUGACCAGCACGCCGUCGUCACCUCUGCGCUGCACGCUGACUUUCUGGAACACUUCAAGCCAAACGACUUGAACCAAACAUGCUCGAGCGAUCGACACGCAAUGUCCUUUACUCGUCAGGUGCGCGGCGCUAAUCUCGGUGGGUGGCUCGUCCUGGAGCCCUGGAUCACACCCACGCUCUUUUACCAGUUCCUGAGCACGCAGGAGCGCUUUGGAGAUCAGGCGCCCAAGAAGACAGCGCUAGACAUGUACACCUUUUGCACAGCGCUCGGCAAGAACGAAGCGAAUCGUCAAUUACGUAUCCAUUGGGCUACUUGGGUGACCGAAGCUGAUCUCAAAGAGAUGGUAGAAGCCGGCGUAAACUCGCUCCGUGUGCCCGUUGGUGACUGGAUGUUCAAGCCUUACGAGCCAUUCGUGGGCUGCACGGACGGUGCCGUCAGUGAACUCGACCGGGUCGCCGAUCUCGCUCUCAAGUACGACAUUGACUUGCUCCUGGACAUCCACGGCUUGAUCGGGUCGCAAAAUGGCUUUGACAACAGUGGCAUGUCGUCGUCGGUAAAGUGGACGUCAACUGCAACUGCGCUUCCCGUUGGUACCACCUCGUUCGAGCACUGGCCGCUUCGCUCAGCUGGAUGGGCAGGUGAGUUUGACUCUGCUACGAACACGUACAGAAAUGUCAAUUACGAGCACCUGAAGCACUCCCUUGACACCGUCACGGCCAUUGUCAAUCGCUACGCCGAGCACCCUGCCGUCCUCGGACUCGAGCCAGUGAAUGAACCAUGGGAAUACACGCCGAUAUGGCUGCUCAAGGACUACUACUGGAAGUCGUACAAGCGCGUGAAAGCUCGUGCUCCUCACUGGAAAUUCGUGCUCCAUGACUCGUUCCGCUUUGGCGUGCAGUACUGGUCUCAGUUCAUGCGCGGAUGUCCUGACAUUGCUCUCGACACUCACAUCUACCAGGCGUGGAACUCCCCGGGUACGCGCCCGGAUUACUUUGCCAGUGCUUGCCAGCAAAAGUACAAGAUCGCGGAGAUGGAACACGCCUUGAUGCCGGUCAUCGUCGGCGAGUGGUCACUGGGCACGGACAACUGCGCCAUGUGGCUGAACGGGUUCAACGACAACCUACCCGGCUUUCCUACCGUCCAGUGCAGCCUGAUUGAAUGUCCCGUACACAGCACGUACCUCGGUAAGGGCUUCCCGGGCACACCUUUAGACGUCACCAAGCCGAUCCAGGGCCCCUACGGUACCGGCCAGUCCGGUCCAUCGUUUGGCUUGUGCCCCGUCACCAGUAACAUCUCAUUUGGCCAGGAAAAUGACGAGGACGAGCGCGAGUUUGCACGGAAUCUCAACCUGAAGAAGCUGAAUGCAUUCGCAGCGGGCCAUGGCUGGUAUUUCUGGAAUUUCAAGACAGAGUUUGGCUCGCGGUGGAACUUCCUUGACCUCGUUCGUAACGGCGCGUUCCCGAAGAACGUCUCAAACUACGACACGGAUGAUGAAGUGGCUACUGCUUGUUUGGCAGAAGACAAUGGUGCCUUCACGUGCUCGACGAAGCAGGGAGUGCGUGUCUCGGACCUUCAGAGAGGCCUGGAUUACGCCUGUGGGGGGGACGACAACAAGGUGGAUUGCUCAGGCAUUAGCGAGCGAUAUGAGACCAUCGAGGAGCGCUGUGACUGGGCUUAUAACGAGUACUGGCAUGCACAUCGUGGGGAAGGCAGUACGUGUGACUUUGGUGGGACCGCUCAUUUGCUCGCGAGUCCCAGUGUCUCCAACGUGGUGCACCUGACGGUUGUGGCCUCCUCUUUGAGCAAUAAAGUGCUCAUCUGGACCCUGGUCGCGACCAUCGCGGGCUUUAGUGCACUGGUUGCUGGUCUAGCUCUGGCGCGCCACCGAAGGCGAGAAGGGUACGCCCCCUUGCUCGGUCACGUGAGCGUGGACGUGAAGUCAGUUCCCUCAUAA